AUGGGAAACUGCUUCACAAACAACAAAAUAUUAGCACAAGAUGAUCAUGAAAGCUACAAUAAUCAAGCAAAAGUUGAGGAGAUGAAAACAUCUUCAUCGUCGAAGUUCGAGCCGCAGCCGAGGAAAGAAAAAUGCAUGAAGAAGAAUAAGAAAGUAAGGUUUGAAAUACAAAAUGAUGAAGAAGUUGAUAGAAGAAGUGAUGGUAAUAAUUCUAGAAAUGUGAGGAGGAUUAGAGUGGUGAUGACUCAAGAAGAGUUGAAAAAGAUGUUGAGUUGCAAAGAUGAAUAUGAGAACACUACAUUGGAGCAAUUACUUGGUGUUAUGAGGUUAAGAGGAGUGAAAAUUUGUAAACAUGAUUUGGGUGUCGAUUCUUGGAAGCCUACUUUAGAAAGCAUUCCAGAAGAUCGAUUAAUUUAG